AUGCAGUGUGGGGGCGAGGCCACGUCGGACGACCGCCGUCCCCUGGUCGGCACAGGUGAUGGGUCCAAUUUGUACAACUACAUUGACCAUGAUCGCGUAUGGGGCGUGAAUAUCGAGCCGCCGGAGUCUGCCAAGGUGGCGCUCAAGCCAUGGGACGAACGACAUUCGAUGGAUCGCUAUAUGGAAAGUGGCGUGGACGACCAGAUGAUUGUGACUAUUCCCUUUACAUGCCCCGUUCGGAUCCAAAGUAUUCUGUUGUUUGCGGGCCGUAGCGAUAUGGCCGUACGGCGAUGUGCCGCCUUUGUGAACCGGCCGCAUGGCAUCGAUUUUGACGAGGCACUCUCGGUCCUUGAUGGCCGUCUCGGCCCUGCAACCAGUGGGCGUGCACAGGCCGACUUUGCCUUGCUGGAGAAUGCGGCGCAGGUCACAUCGUACCCUGUCAGCGCUUCGCGCUUCGCCCACACGAACAGCGUGAGCCUCCUCUUGAGCGAUUCGUUGGCUGGUACCACGUCGCGUAUGUACUAUAUUGGGUUUGUCGGCAAAGCGCUGGAUCCACGCGCAGAUACCACCAAGACACACGAUGUGCCUGCGGCUACGUCCGCGACGCACUCCGUGGAUGGCGUAAGCCAGUCGUAUAGCACAGCUUCUACACCAAGCGGCCUUUGGUAUUCGUAG